AUGCUUGCUAAUAGACUGCAGCAAAUAGCCGGGUUUGAGUUACUGAUGGUCCUCUAUGCUUGUCUACCACAGAACCGCCAGCUGCUGAAGGACAGCUUCAUGGUGGAGCUGGUGGAGGGGGCGAGGAAACUACGCCAUAUCUUUCUUUUCACCGACUUGCUGCUCUGUGCGAAGCUCAAGAAACAGAUCGGAGGUAAAAACCAGCAGUAUGACAGUAAAUGGUACAUCCCCCUUUCUGAGCUGACCUUCCAGGGCCCAGAGGAGGCUGAGCCGCUAACCAUCCCUCAGGUCCCCGACGAAGAGCUAGAUGCCAUGAAGGUCAAGAUCUCCCACCUCCGCAGUGAGAUCCAGAGAGAGAAGAGAGCCAACAAGGGAUCCAAAGUGAUAGACCGGCUCAGGAAGAAGCUGUCUGAGCAGGAGUCUCUAUUACUGCUGACCUCCCCAAGCAUGGCCCUGAGAGUACACAACAGGAAUGGCAAGAGUUACAUUUUCCUGAUAUCGUCUGACUAUGAACGAGCUGAGUGGAGGGAGAUGAUCAAGGAACAGCAGAAGAAAUGUUUCAAGAGUGUCUCCUUGACCUCUGUGGAGCUGCAGAUGCUGACCAACUCCUGUGUCAAACUGCAGACCGUCCACCACAUACCGCUCACAAUCAACAAAGAAGAGGAUGAAUCCCCUGGACUCUAUGGCUUCCUGAAUGUAAUAGUCCAUUCAGCCUCCGGCCUCAAACAGAGCUUGAAUCUCUACUGCACGCUGGAGGUGGACUCUUUUGGCUUCUUCCUGAACAAAGCCAAGACAAGAGUGUAUCGCUACACCACUGAACCCAAAUGGAAUGAGGAGUUCGAGAUCGAGCUGGAGGGCUCCCAGACCCUGAGGCUGCUGUGCUACGAGAAGAGCUACAACAAGAGCAAGCAGAGUAAGGAGGACGGGGAGAACGCGGACCGCAUCAUGGGGAAAGGACAGAUCCCGCUUGACCCUCAGACCCUCCAUGGCAAAGACUGGCAGAGAACAGUCAUUCCUAUGAACGGGAUUGAGGUUAAGAUCUCAAUGAAGUUCACCAGCCGAGAGUUCAGCUUGAAGAGGAUGCCUUCACGAAAACCUAUGGGAGUGUUUGGAGUAAAGAUAUCAACGGUGACCAAGCGAGAGCGGUCCAAGGUACCCUACAUUGUGCGGCAGUGCCUGGAGGAGAUUGAGAGGAGAGGUAUGGAGGAGGUUGGCAUCUAUCGAGUAUCAGGAGUGGCCACUGACAUUCAGGCACUGAAGGCCGCCUUUGACACAAACAACAAAGAUGUGUCGGUGAUGAUGAGUGAGAUGGAUGUCAACGCCAUCGCUGGGACCUUGAAGCUGUACUUCAGAGAGCUUCCAGAGCCGCUUUUCACGGAUGAGCUCUAUCCCAACUUUGCAGGAGGCAUCACCCUUUCGGACAGCGUUGCCAAAGAGAGCUGUAUGUUGAACUUGUUGCUAUCACUGCCAGAACCCAACUUGGUCACGUUUCUUUUUCUUUUGGACCACCUAAAGAGGGUGGCCGAGAAGGAGAGUGUCAACAAGAUGUCUCUCCACAACCUGGCUACGGUGUUUGGCCCCACCCUGCUAAGACCUGCAGAGAAGGACAGUAAGAUCCCCACCAACCCCACCCAGCCAAUCAGCAUGGGGGACAGCUGGUCUCUGGAAGUUAUGUCACAGGUUCAAGUGCUGCUGUACUUUCUCCAGCUGGAGACCAUUCCCACCCCAGACAGCAAAAGACAGAGCAUCCUUUUCUCCACCGAAGUGUAAAGCAGAACUGGCUCCGCAGAUGUUCGCUACGAGAGAGAAGAAGAAGACCGAAGGACUGUGGCUCAAACUGAGCCUGAAGUAGUAUGUUUUUAGAACUGAGUGGCUUCGUCAAAUUGGCUCUUAGCCGAAUUUCAGGAGUAAACGAUGGCUUUUGUGAAUGACUAAUGGCUAUGACCACAAGAUGGCGCCAUUUAGGCCUCUGCAGUUAAAAGUAGAGGCCGUUCGCUCUAAAACGUGCAUAUCUCUCUGAUGAAUACUCAUUACUGUACAUCGCACCCAAUACUCAGUGUGAUUCUCUGUACCUCCAGUGAUGCAGUAUACCCUAUCUACCUUGUUCCACCUCACUCUGUCUCCAUGUUGCUCUUACUAUUAUUAACAGUGGAC